GGCAUCCAUCUAAAUCAUUAAAUGUCAACAUGUUGAAGGGGUGUGGAAAUUUUAAGACUGUGUAAUUAAUUUCGUGUACUGGAUCUUUGUAGCAUUAAUCUGAUGUGCAAAGUUACUGCGAUUAAAAUCUGCCUAUUAUAAUAUUUGUCAGUAAAAAUCACCCUAAGGGAUAGGCUUCAGUACGACAGGUAGGGAAGAGUCAUUAUAGAAAAUGGCGGCUAUCCGGAAGAAGCUGGUCAUAGUAGGAGAUGGAGCUUGCGGUAAAACUUGCCUGCUCAUUGUAUUUAGUAAAGAUCAGUUUCCUGAAGUUUACGUUCCAACAGUAUUUGAAAAUUAUGUUGCAGACAUAGAAGUAGAUUUGAAACAGGUUGAAUUAGCUUUAUGGGAUACUGCUGGUCAAGAGGAUUAUGAUAGACUUCGUCCCCUUUCUUAUCCAGACACAGAUGUCAUCCUCAUGUGUUUCAGUAUUGAUAGCCCCGACAGUUUAGAAAAUAUCAUGGAAAAAUGGAACCCCGAGGUGAGACACUUCUGCCCAAACGUGCCAAUAGUCCUGGUUGGCAACAAGAAAGAUCUACGUCAGGAUCCUGCUACCAUCAAAGAGUUAGCGAAAAUGAAGCAAGAGCCCGUGAAGCCGGAGGAAGGCAGAGCGAUGGCCGAAAAAAUCAAUGCAUUCGGUUACCUCGAGUGUUCUGCCAAAACCAAAGAAGGUGUGAGGGAGGUCUUUGAAAUGGCCACUAGAGCUGCACUUCAAGUCAAGAAGAAAAAGAAAAAGAAGUGCGUCAUUUUGUAACACUGUUAGUUCUAGCUUCUCUCUUGCUUUAAUACUACAACCAAAUAUCUCUUGGUGAUUUUUCAGUGACUUGUUAAUGUGUGUUUGAUGCAAUUCUUGUCUCUACUUACAUUUUUUACUCUUUUGUAAAACCAUUCCACUUUGGAGCUGUUUAAAAAGAAAAUAGCGGUAGGCGAUCGAUUCAGAAUACGGAGAAAUGCAAUGUUUGAAAUCCCCUCAUUUGCUUCUUUCCUCUCUUUGCAACGGUUGCAAAAGUUUAAUGAAAUGACUUAGUGUUUCGAUGCAUUUUAUUAACGUUAUUAAAUGGGCUCCAUUAUUUAACAUCUUUGUUCUGUAUUUGUCUAAUUGUUAAGGCAAUCAGUGUACAGGUUCUUUUAAGUAUGAUUUGAGAAUUAUUGAAUCCUAGAGAAGUAUUUAAAACUGUUGUAUUUUUACUGUAAUGCAAAACUAGAUCAUGUGUGUCUGUUUUCGAAAUGUUUUAACAAUUUGUUCAAACAUUAGAUUACGAACUGUGUUGUUUCUAAGUUAUCUGUUAUCUGCCAGUUCAAUGCAGCUAGUAAAACUGUAAACUUUAAAUCUCUGCAAGUGUCUCAUUUGCUUUUUCCUUCUUUUUAAUUUAUAAACUCAGCAGUAUUCAAAUUGACAUUUUAUAUUUGAUGUAUUUUGCCUGAUUUUUUUUAUGUUCUCAUGUAAUGUGGAACACAAGUAAAUUUUUUACAUAAAAUUUUAUUGUAUGUUUA